AUGUCCUCCUCGCCCAGCCCGCCCCCCUUCACCCACGCCCUGCUCGCGGGCGGCAUCGCCGGCACCACCGUCGACCUGACGCUGUUCCCGCUCGACACGCUCAAGACGCGCCUGCAGUCAUCGGAGGGCUUCUUCGCCUCGGGCGGGUUCAAGGGCAUCUACCGGGGCGUGGGGUCCGCGGCGCUCGGGUCCGCGCCGGGCGCGGCAUUCUUCUUCUGCACGUACGAGGCGACCAAGACGGCCCUGGCCGAGGCACGGCGGCAAACACUAGGUGGCGGCAGCAGUAGCGCAUCAGCAGCAGCAGCAACACAACAGGGCGGUGGAAGCGGCAACGGCCACGCCGUGGACCACAUGCUGGCGGCGUCGCUGGGCGAGGUGGCCGCGUGCUCGGUGCGCGUGCCCACCGAGGUCGUCAAGCAGCGCGCCCAGGCCGGCCAGCACGGCGGGUCGUCGCUGUCCAGCCUGAUGGCCAUCCUGGGGCGCCGCCACGCCGUCGGCCUGCCCGGCGUGUGGCGCGAGCUGUACCGCGGCUGGGGCAUCACCAUCAUGCGCGAGGUGCCCUUCACCGUCAUCCAGUUCCCGCUGUGGGAGGCCCUCAAGUCGUACUCGCGGCGGCGCCAACCGGGCGGCGGCAGUGGUGGGGAUGUCAGCGCCGGCGAGUCGGCCCUGUACGGGAGCAUCUCGGGCGCCGUGGCCGCCGGUGUGACGACGCCGCUGGACGUGCUCAAGACGAGGGUCAUGCUGAGCACGGAGCGCCAGAGGGUGUGGGAUGUCGUUACGGGAAUAUUGAGGCAGCAUGGGGUUCGGCCUUUCUUCGCCGGCAUUGGUCCACGGGUGAUGUGGAUCAGCAUCGGCGGCGCGGUUUUCUUGGGCAGCUAUCAGUGGGCGAUCAAUGCCUUCGAGCGUGGCAAGACGGGCAAGGCGGCAGUCAGUCUGCCUUGA